AUGAAAUACAUCCAUUUUUGGGCUCCGGUUAUGAAAUGGUCGUUGGUUGGUGCUGGUUUCGGAGAUAGCACAAUAUGGAGUCGUUAUUCGAUGGUUAUUAUACCAAAAAAUUAUAUGUUAUUUGCGGUUAAUAUUUUUCUCUCAUUUGUGGGAGGUCAGCAACUUGCCAGAAUUGCCUAUUAUCGUUAUACACAUCCGGAAGAACCAAAAAAAAAUUGA